UGGCUUGAAUCUCAUAGAUACUUGAAACUUUUAACUCAAAAUCACUCAGCCGUAUACACAAGAAACAACUUAGCCAACUUCGGUUGGAAAUAGUUAACUCCAGUCUUAAGAUUGUUCGAGCGAAGUCAACAACGAAACACCAUCGCGACACCAUCGUAGCUGCAGUAACAGGUGUUUGUCUGUGUGUGUGUGAGUGGCGUAUCUCUCGAUAUCGUACAAGAUCGAUCGAUCGCACUGAUCGUGGAAAAGAUAGAUUUUUUGGUUUUUCCGAAAUUCAUCAUUAUUGAAAAACGCGUUUUUUGUUUUCUUGCAAAUUCGAUAGUUUGCAUUAAAAAAAAUUGAAAAAAAAUUAAAUUAACAUAAACGGUUUGUGUCUUGGCUAAAUUGUGGCGAGGAUCAUAUAUUUUUUUCUUCCAACAUCACAAUAAUUGUAUUCCAGUCAGUGUUUCGCAAUUUUCUGUUUACACACAGGAUAUUGUUGUUUCUUCACAAUAAAAAGAUAAAUCCUAAGAAAAAAGUGUAAAAGAAGAAGGAAAGAAAUAGAUAAAAAGUGUGUGCAAAAAUCAACGAAAACCAAAACAAAAAAGAUAAUCACUCUUACUGCCAUAUCACGAAUCGAUCAUUUUUAAUGGAUUUUAUAAAACAACAUUUCUUUACAUAACCAUCUGGAUCUUUGAAGUUAUAAAAACAACUUUCCUGCUUGCCUUGAGGAUUAUUUUAGAUACACGACAAUAUUCAUACACAUUGUGACUUUAUUGGAAAUAAGAUAAAAUGACGUCACCUCGCAUCAUAUACACCGCGCUGCAGAUUUUUACAAUCGUAACAUUGAGUACAAACGGAGCACAAAUCCCAACAGCGACAAAUUCACCAUCAUUGCAAAGAAACAGUGGCAGUGGCAUUGAACCAACUGUUCGAAUACAAUGCAUGUCGGGAUCAAUGUUAAUCACUAUCAAAGAUGCACCACCAAAUCAUGAGAAUGGCCUUUUCAGUGGAAUGGUUUACCCUAAAGGACUUUCAAAGAAUUCCACUUGCCUAUCGGAAUAUCGAGAUCAUCAGGGACCCCUGAGGUAUAAGUUGCCACUGAGGAGUUGUAAUACGAUGCCACAAGAAACGGACGAUGGUGGAAUAGAAUUCUUCAACACAAUUGUCCUCCAGCCCCAUUUGAAAUUGGUCACAGAUUUGGGACGUGGUUAUCAUGUACGUUGCCGUUACAAGAGUCGUGAUGCUGCUACCAACAACAAAUGGCGUACAUCUGCUUCCAUAUCAAAAUAUGCCGAAAAUCCACAACCAUUACGAAGUGAUGAAGACGAACCAGAAGCCUAUCGCCGAACCGGAGAUCGUCGUGAUUACGGCCGAUCAUUGGAUAAAUUCAGUGAUUCAUCCAUCGAUGAUAAUACAACCAACGAUGACGAUGAAAAUGCUAUCAAUGAACUUCCAAUGCCCGGUUGUCAUAUGAAAAUUUACAACGAAGAGAAACACAUUGCCGAGAAUGUGAAGAUCGGUGACCCCUUGACGAUUGUUAUCAACAUAGACAAACAGGAUGUCUAUGGGCUGCAUGUGACCGAUUGUCUGGUACGUGAUGGACUCGGUUGGGGUGAACAACGACUUGUUGGUGAAGAUGGAUGUCCAAUGGACAACGAGAUAAUGGGUCAAUUCAAGUAUUCUGGUGACAGGUUGGCGGCCAACGUUACAUUCCCAGCACACAAAUUCCCUUACACAGCAUCUGUGUACUAUCAAUGCAAUGUGAGAUUGUGCGCUGUUGAAGACCCAGACUGUCGAAAGGCACCUGCAUGUGGAGAGAAUGCCAAGCGACCGAAACGACAAGCUAAUGGAAAAGACGACGAGGGUCUACCAGCAACUAUCGAAGUGUAUUCAGGACUUUAUGUUAAUGAGAAUGUCGAUGUGUCAGAGAGCGAUGAUGAUUCAGUCUUUAAGGAGAAGACCCUUGAUGACGCCCUUUGUGUAUCACAACGAACAUUUGCUAUUGCAAUUGCAAUUGCUGGUCUCGUCCUGAUGUUGGCCGUGGUGGCUGCUGUCCUUUGCAUCAUGGCCCGUCGAAGAACAAAGACUGUCUCAAAUUCAGGCAGCUCUAUCUACAGUGGACCCUAUACGAAUACAGCUUUUAGCCAUAGCAGUUAGAUAGUCACCAAGUAGUAUUUAAGAAGGUUUUAACUUUAAUACAUAUUUUUGAAUUUCAACUGAAACGAAUUACUACUUUAGGUUACUUAGAUUUUUUCAAAAUUUUGAACUCAAUUUGGUGCAUAGCAUGAACAUGAAAUCCUAAUUAAUUGCUUUAAGCCCAAAAAAAAAAAGGAUAUUCCAAAAUUAUCUAUUUCUCAAUUUAAAACAACGAAGAUGCACUCAUGUAGAAGAACAAACAAAAAACAACAAAAGUCCUGGAUAUACACUUAAAAGUUUAACUUUAACACUUAAGUCGAUAUUUUAUUUUGUAAACAACAAAAACAAACCCACAAAUGAUGUAGCGAUAAAAGAAUACAAUACCCUAUAAUACCUACAUUUUAGUUUUUAAGGAUCAAAACUUAGAUAUUACUUGGCAAUAAAUGCAUUGCCAACUAAUAUCGCAGAGAUGUUUCAAAAAGUCGGAAAUUUAAUCAAAGUCUCGUCUUGCACAUCUCUGGAAUUUAACGAUUAAUUAAUUAUUCCUUAAUUUCUCAUAGAAUUAAAAAAAAAAAAUGGUUAAUCUCAAAAAAUCCACUCAUGGUGAUGGGUUGUUCUGACUCGGUUUUUAACUUACCUUUUUUCCCCCCUGUGACUUACUUUUUUUUAUUUUUUUUCCACCAUCAGAUUUAAUUUAGGAUACUUUUUGCCAAAGUUAAUCCAUUAUUCUUAUUCUUUACGAUUUUUUUUUAUUUACUUAGGAUACUAUUUUCAAUCUUGUCAUAAUAUUAUUAACUAUUUAAUUAAUUCUUUUAGAUAAAUAAAAAUAAAUAAAUAUUUUAAAUGUCGAAGAAAACAAAAAAAUUAAGACCCUUUGAACACAUCCGUCCGCUUAAGUCAUUAUUAUGUAA